GAAUGUGACGGAAAAAGCCGAAGACCGCCUCCGAGAGAGAAGACGGACCGAUGAGCGCUUCAGAUGGAGGAAAGCUGCGCGCGCACGGCGGACUGUGACAGCCCUGCAGCAGGAGGCUGAAGUUUCCAGCACGAGGAGGUCGCGCGGGUUUUACAAGGUUUCUUGUUUGUUUUCCAGCGAUCACAUCCUUUUCAGAGGUGGAGGAGUGAAAAACUUCAUCAUGGGGUGAAGAUGACAUCACAGCUGAUCUAACCAUGGGGAAGGAGAGUCUGCCCAGCUGGGCUCACCAGGACUCUGACGAGGGUCUCGUCCACGUGAACGUCGGAGGUCUGAAGAGGAGCCUCUGUUCCAGCACGCUGAAGAAAUUCCCAGACACCAGACUGGGAAAGCUGCUGGCAUGUGACUCAGAGGAGGCCAUACUGCAGGUGUGUGAUGACUAUGAUGUGCAGGAGAAGGAGUUUUACUUUGAUAGGAAUCCCGGCCUGUUCCCUUACGUCAUCCACUUCUACCAAACUGGCAAACUUCACAUCAUGGAGGAGCUGUGCGUCUUCUCCUUCAGCCAGGAGAUCGAGUACUGGGGCAUCAAUGAGUUCUUCCUGGACAGUUGCUGUAGUUACCGUUACCACGACCGCAAACUGGAGAGCAGCCGACAUCGUAGCUGGGACGAUGAGAGCGACGCCAGCAGUGUAGACACAUCUGUGGACGAGAUAUCCGACUUAAACAAAGACAUGCAGCACUUCCAGGAAGUGCGUUAUGGGAACAUCAGGAAGUGUUUGUGGUUGACGCUGGAGAACCCGGGAUACUCCAUCCCCAGCAAGCUCUUCAGUCUGCUCUCCAUCGGAGUGGUGCUCACAUCCAUCUCCACCAUGUGUAUCAACAGCAUGCCAGAGUAUCAGACUUUUGAUUCUGAUGGAAAGUUGAUUGAAGAGCCGACCAUGCAGGCGCUGGAGGUGUUCUGCUCCUGCUGGUUCACCUUCGAGGUCGUCACGCGGCUGCUGCUCGCACCAAACAGGAAGAAGUUCUUCCAUCACCCUCUGAACAUUAUUGACAUGGUGUCUGUGGUUCCCAUCUACGUCACUCUGCUCUUUGACAUGACUCUGGGAUCCGAGUCUGAGCUGGGCAACCUGGGACGACUCAUACAGGUGUUCAGGUUAAUGAGGAUCUUCAGAGUGUUAAAGUUGGCGCGACACUCGACAGGCCUGCGAUCACUGGGAGCAACACUGCGGCACAGCUACCGUGAGGUGGGCAUCCUGCUGCUCUACCUGGCCGUGGGAGUGUCCGUCUUCUCGGGUAUCGCCUACACGGCUGAGUAUGAAGAGGAUGUGGGCCUGGACACCAUCCCGGCCUGCUGGUGGUGGGGGACGGUGAGCAUGACCACAGUGGGUUAUGGGGACGUAGUGCCGGUCACGGUGGUCGGGAAGUUGGCGGCAAGCGGCUGCAUCCUGGGUGGCACCCUGGUGGUGGCGCUGCCCAUCACCAUCAUCUUCAACAAGUUCUCCCACUUCUACCGUCGCCAGAAAGCUCUGGAGGCGUCGGUGAGGAACAACAACGGCAAGAAGAUGAGGAUGAGCUGCGAGAAUGUGCCAGAGGAGGAUGAAGAGGACGAGGGGUCAGACGGGGACAGCUGCUGCCUGGACGAUGAUGAUAUUGAUGAUAUUGAAGAGGACGAUAUAGAUUAUGAGGAUGAAGGAGGUGUAAUAAACUAUAGUUAUGUGGAGCAUCCAUCUUACACGUCGAUAACGAGGAAGAAGGAGCCGCAUCAGCUGUGAUGAAGAGCUGAUGAAGAGCUGCUAAAGGCAGGAGAUCAAAGCUGUUCAGAUUCACUUCCUGCCUCAUGCAUGACGUGUUCAUAUGGAAACGAUGACUGCAUUCAUAUUUAAUCUGGCUUUUAUUUAAAACAAGGCAACACAAGAGUGAUCUGUACGCUUCAAGUUUGACCUUUGAACUCAUCGAGCAUAAACAGGAGGACUAAAGUCCAGGAGGGCUGGGAUUUGAUCAGAUUUUGGGGAAUUUAAAGAAAUCAGGAGUUGGAGGGAUCGUGUUGUAAAUUGGUUUUAAUUAUUAGCUUUGGGUUUCCAUGACAAACCUACGUGAUGGACGGUAGUUUGCUAUUAUUCGAGCAUGUGGGCAGCUUCCAGGGUGGAAAUUUGUUCUUUCUGAUAAUGAAGUUUUUAUGUAGCUGUUAAAAAAGAUAAAACACCCAAAACAAUAAAAUUACAUAAGGCGAGAUUAAACACGAAGGUCUGCUCAAGAACCGAAUCAAUUGAGCCUUAACUGAGCUGGACUGAAGAGAAAUAGCAUGCACGUGUAUGAAAUGAAGCAAAUAAAAAGAUUAUGAAAGUCUGAAUUGUUAUUUUGUUCUUGAAGUAAAAUGUAUAAAGAUAACAUUUGAUAAAAAUUAAUUUGAAGCCUCAGUGGAAGCAUUUUUGUAGUUUUCUGCAGGUAGAAUAAGAAAAGUUAAGCUAUGUUUGGGUUAGCAUAAAGACUGGAAAGAUGUAAACGCUAGGGUGACCAACCGUCCUCUUUUCCCUGGACAUGUCCACUUUUCAUGUUCUGUCCUUUUUUUUUUUUUUUGAGAUGGAUGAAAAUGUCCGGGUUUUCCUACAGGCCUACAGAGGACUCAUAUGUGCAACAUCAUCCCCGAAAUGUGGUGUAAGUGGUUGUUCCCCACGCACAGACGGGACAGAGCGCAGAGCGGUGCGCUGAAAAGAUGCCAAAGCGCAAGUGCAUCAAGAAAUUUCUCUUGUACCAUCCCAGUCGGAAUAAAUGGGAGGCGGAGUGCACUGUGUGCAGAGCUGGCACAGACAUUUGUGUGUCUAACAAAGGUGCCAGAGAUCUUGUUGCUCACAUGGACACAGAAAAACUUAAAAAGGCUGCGCGAGGCAAAAAUUCAUCUUGUAAGUUGACUGAGUUCUUUGUUACACCUGGGACAACGAGGGUGCUUGUAUCUGGAGCAGAAGGUGCACUGACAUUUCAUACUAUGAAGCAUCACAAUAGCUACACAUCCAUGGAUUGCACUAGUGUGUUGCCAAAAAAAACAAACAAAAAAAACAUUUCCAGACUUUAACACAGCUAAAAAAGUUCAGCAGUGCCGCACCAAGACUGAAGCUAUUGUCUCUCUUGAAGCUAUGAAAUCCAGUAUGGUGACAUUUCUCAGACUUAAGUAACCAUGGAACAGAGAAAAUAUUCCCAAUUUGACUGGACGAAUGGUGGCGUGCAAACAAAGUUAACUGAGGUUAGAAACGCCAAUUUUUUAAAAUUUAUUUAUUUAUUUUUUUGCACUUGUUGACUUGUAAAAGCCUUUAUGACAUCUUUUAUUUCACCAUUCAUUAACCGCACAGAGAAGGCAUCUUUUAAAUAUGUUAAAAUUUUCUUUAAACAAACAGUAUUAUUAAAAUUCUUCAUAACUGGGCCAAGUGUCCUCUGUUUUGGAAAUCAAAAUAUGGUCACUCUAGUAAAUGCAGUUAGCCCACAUGUGUCAAAAUCAGUGUGACUGACUGACCUACAGCUUUACUGAGUGUAACGAGAGGCCGGUGUGCGCCGUGUCACUGUUAUGUUGCUGAGGGUUGUGUUUUAACCCAAACCGUGAUCUUUAAUAAACCUAA